UUAAUUUCGCAGUCGUAAAUCUUCAGCUUUGCGAGCAACAAGUAUCUAGUAAAAAGUAAAGUCAAGUCGAAGAAAGCUAAGCAAAACCAAAAACACAAAAUGUGCGCUUAUCUAACUAUCAAGGCUGAAUUCGAGAACCAAUUAAAUCAGCUGUUAGCAGUUAAGAAGGAACGAACUUUGUUGAUGACAGAUGACCGUUACAAUGAAUUAGUACUAGAGACCAGAGAAGCCAUUGAACGCAGACGUUAUGGCUUAGAAUUGUCAGGGCUGCACUAUCGUCGAUUGAAAAGAUUUGACAUAAUCACAAUUGAUAGUUGUGAUAAGUUGAUCCAGCGAAAUGAAAAUGGACAAGAAAUCACAAGAGCUAUACACUAUUGUAAGGCAAGUGAUAUGUUUGAGGCUAUUCAUAGUGCUCAUUUAAAAAUUGGUCAUAAAAAAGAGAAAGGAAUGGAAUUGGAGUUGAAGAAGAUGUAUUGCAAUAUCACACGCGAGGUAAUAGCCAUCUAUUUGAAGCUGUGUCAAACUUGUGCUUUGAAAAAGAAAUAUAAGGAAACAACAUCGAGUACUAAGGUCGAUGCUCUGCCUGAGGACUUGAACUCACGUUGCCAGAUUGGUAUAAUUGACAUGGAGGUGGAAACACAUCAGGGAUUUAGAUUUGUAUUAAACUAUCAAGACCAUUUGACAAAAUUUCUGAUACUGAGACCGUUAAAAUCGAAUGGUUCAGAGGAAGUUGCUGAAGUUUUGUUCGAUAUUUUCUGCUUGAUAGGAGUUCCAAAUGUGUUUAUGUGUUCAAAUGAGGACGGAUUUUGUGAGAUGAUUCUCAAAAAGCUCUCAGAAAACUGGAUGGUUAAACUUAUCAGAGGUGAAUUCAAACAAGAACCUAUUCAACGAAUUUCUGAAGAUAUUUUUCACACCAUUGUCAGCUGGAUAUCACAUAAUGACUCAAACAACUGGACUUCCUGUUUGGGAAUCAUUCAAAGCUUAAAAAAUCGCUGUUUUAAUCCAUCAAUAAAACGUACACCGUUUGAAGCUCUUUUUGGAAAUCGGCAAUCGAGUUCCCUAUUGAAUAAUCACGUUAAUAAUUUUCAAUUACAAACCGAAGGCGAACUAAGGCUAAAAAUAGAAGAAUUCAAACAAAAACUAAACGAAGUUAGUGAAAUUCGAAAGGAAAUAAGCAAGAGCCAUAAUGAUGCCAUGAUGAUGAUGAAUUAUCAGAAAAACUGUGAUAAAAUUAAAGAAUCUAUUAAGUGUCUUAAUUGUGAUAAACAUUUGACAUCGGAAGUGGUUUGUUGGAAAUGUAACGGACCAUUACAUUUUAAUUGUGCUUUGACAAAUGAUAAUUCAGAAAAUUCUUUUUGCCAGGAUUGUGCGAACAAGACUGCUGUACAUGUUCUGAGAAGAGGCCAUAAACGAAAGGUGAAUGAUAUUAUUGGAGUAAAUGAAACAUUUUAUUCUGAACAAAUAAAAGUACCUUUAAAUUAAAUAAGAUUAACGUAUUCACAGUAGCAAUUUAAAAGUAAAUUUAGAAAAUACUUAUUGUAUAAAAAGAUCGGACUUUUUGCUUAGCAAAGAAACAAAUUUUGAAAACUAUAAAUUCACAAACUUCUAA